AUGAGUUCCCCACCUUUGGGCCCUAUCAAAGGUCCACCAACCUCUCCCAGACCCGAUGAUUCCAAAAGAAGAAGCACUCGCCUUUUGAGUCCUGAUAGAGCCCUCGAGAGCGUGGAUCUCUCCACCGAUGUUGACCCCACAUCUUUUAUCCGCGCUUCCAAAAGAACGUCCUCAUCAUCGAACGACCUACUUUACGAAAGAGAUAGGUUUAGAGCAAGAUUGCAGAACCUCAACACCUCGCAUGAGGCUUCCAGUGAAGUAGAAACCGACAGCAGAGUUCCUUCCUCCACAAACAUCCUGAACAUGUCUGACGCCGCCUCCUGCGAUGUGUGUGAUGAGAUUGGACUGAAAACUACCAAGCUCAACUUUAGAAGUCGUGAAGACAUCCCCUUAGUAUUACAUGAUAAGCUAGACGACCUCCCGGACUCAUUCAUCACAUCUCCCAAAUUGAAGGAAUCAUUUGGACUUGUCAUCAAAUCGUUGUCAUUAGCACAGUUGCAGCUAGUAUUUGCAUGGUAUUUCAAUCAACCUUUGCCUCCAACCAAGAAAAUGUUCCCCUGGUUGCAUGGGUUGAACAAAGAUAACUUUGCCCAAAAACAGUUCUUUUUGUACCAACAGCAACAACUUCUUAUGUCACAACAAUCGCUGGACCUGUUGUAUUUCAACCUCGAGAAGCCAGAGAAUAUAAGGUUCUUGAUGUGCAUCAACGCAGAAGAAUAUAAUCACGAGAGUCAAAAUUCAGUUGUAUUCAACAACAACUUAAAGAAUAAUAACGCUUUAUUUUUAGACACCAAAGAAAAACUUCCUCCUAUUUUGAAGAAUACUUUAAAGUUGAAUGAGAUUCUCCGUCAGAUCGAUGUUUCGAGGUUUGAGAUUGCUCUGAUCAUAUCUGACAUUUUCAAGAAAGCAUUUGACAAAGAGAUACCUGAUGAUCUAAUGGAAGUAUUCAAACAGGACUGCAUACGCAUUAAUCACUUACCUAUCUUUUUAGAUUUAGACCCCGACAGAGGUGUGUCAUUAAGAAAUUUUCAUAUCCAGGUGGCAAAGCUUGCUACCUGUUCUGAUUUUUUGGUUUAUGGACCAUCUUCUCCAACUAUGGAAAGCUGUGCAAGAGUAUUAUGGUUGGCUCAGCGUUAUGAACUUGCUCUUAACAAGCGUUCAAGCCAUUAUAACGUUUUUAUUUCAAAUGACAGUCUUGACACCUUAGUGAACGAUUCUACGAAUCAGCCAACAAGUCUCUCCAGAACGGAAUCUAAGCUAGUGUUCGAUAUACAUGAGCAUGAAACUAGCAGCUUGGAAAGUGGUGUAUCUCACAUCUUACCUACAUCUGAUAUACUUUGGAACAAUGAUUAUCAAAUUAAGGAGAAGAUUGAAACUACUAGGAUGUCAUCAGCAACUAGUAUCACCAGAAAUGUAUGGAUUGGAAAUUACUGGGAUUAUCAGAUAAUGAUGACAUAUCUAAUGGAACACAAUACUUCAUAUCUCAAACAUUAUUCUACACAACAUCUUUCUUUCAACAGCUUGAAAUUACGCAAUUUAUACUGUGAACCAAAGAAUUCUAUUGUGACGAACCUUUUGAAGAAAUCUGAGAACGGCUCUUUACUAGAUUAUUUAUCAUUGCCCAAAGCAAACUGGAGACUUUUUGUAUUUUGCCACAGCGGGGGUUCAUUUCCAGAUUUGAUGACUUUAUCCACGUUGCUUUUCAAAUACAGUCUUUCAUCUCACCGUAUAGAGGAAGAUUCGGAUGAUGAUCCUGACUUUACUGUCUUAGAAUUUCCACCUUCGGGAUCCAUUGGAAUUGGUGACUGUUCAAAGGACAACUUAAUUUCAAUAGUGAACACUUGUAAGUUGAUCUAUCUUUAUUCAUCAUCUACAAGUGAAGACUCGGAUGUUUUGAGUACAUUGAUCUAUUGUUCGGAUGGAUAUACUGAACUGUCCUUAUUGGUGUUGUGCUACGUCAUGUAUUCACAGAAUGUUUCGCUUCAAGAUGCCAUGUUAAAAUUACAUCUUGAUUACGGAAGACCUUUCUAUAUAUUCAACAGUGAUGUGACCAUAUUAAAGAAGUUGUCAAUAUUACUAAGAAAGUUCAGUCCUGCCAAUCCUGAGAACAAAAACAAAAUAGAGUGGCUGAGUUUGGAGUCCUUGACCAAUAUAGAGAUCAAUGAGAUCUUGCUAUCUAAUCCCGGAGUGAAACCGAAUAAGAAUGUCAGACUAGGGUACAUUGCCAAUGAUGAUGAUGAUUCGUCUUCAUCAUCAGAUGAGUCUGACUCUGACUUGGAAUUUGCUCCACUUAUAGACUGGGUUAGUGAAGUUGAGGGGUCAAUUCCUUCACGAAUCUUGCCAUAUCUUUACCUUGGUUCGUUGAAACAUGCAAAUUCUCUUCCGUUGUUAAACAAGGUUGGUAUCAAGAAGAUUAUCUCUGUUGGUGAGCAAUUAGAUUGGUUGAACGGAUACAAGUUUCGUGCCAAUCAUGACAUUGAAGUCCAAGAGAUUAAUGAUGGUAAUAUUCAGUUGUAUACUAUCAAACCCAAAAAAGAUUUGGGAGCCAACCACCCUCACAAGUGCAGCAUUGAAUCGGUGAUGAAGGUGAACAAUUUGCAAGAUGAUGGGAUUGACGAGCUCACGAGGUCUCUUCCUAACAUGCUCCAGUAUAUUGAUGACGAGUACGUCAAGACUGAUGGCAACACCAAGAUCUUAAUCCACUGUCGUGUCGGGGUCAGUAGGUCUGCCACAGUGGUGAUUUCGGAAACUAUGCGGAGGCUCGGGCUUUCGCUUCCCGACGCCUAUCUCUACGUUCGUGUCAGACGGUUGAACAUCAUCAUCCAGCCCAACCUUCGGUUCAUGUACGAGUUGUUCAAGUGGGAAGAGGCGCAAAAGGAGAAGCGCGACCACCAGCAGGGCCAUUUGCGAGAGAUCGACUGGUUCAUGAUGUGUCGGGAGAUCAUGAAGUUGAAUAUCCCGUACUUGAACAACUAG